ACCCAGGAGUUUUUAAUACGGAUCUAGGAGUCUUUAAUAUGGAUGCGAUUUUCCUCGUUUAGUAGCAUCUUUGGCGGAAAUAGCAGAGAAAAGGUAUUCUGAUGAGUUUAGAACGAGACUGCUUCUUCAAAAGCAGAAGACAAUGCCCGCAAAUAAACAGAAACAGGAUUUUUAACAAUUCUAAAACUAUAUUGAAACAUCGUGGGGUCUUCAGUUUACCAGAUAAAACUUCAAUAUGGUAUUCGCUGGAAGAAAUCUUAAUAUGACAUCCUCAAGUACAAUUCCAACAGCUAAAACUUUGUGCAAUUUCAGUGAGAUAUUAAACUUAUCGUCUGGAGGUAGUGGAGGACAACUGAAUGGACAGGACCAGAGGGAAAUGAAUAAUACCACAUUUCAAGAACUUUCGACAGGGGAAAUUGUCACUGUCAGCUUCGUUUUUGGUGUGAUCUGGCUCAUUGCGUUGUUUGGGAACUCACUUGUCUGCCUUGUGAUCCACCGGAGCCGAAGGACGCAAUCAACAACUAAUUAUUUUGUGGUGUCUAUGGCUUCAGCAGAUUUGCUCAUCAGUGUGGCCAGCACUCCCUUCGUCCUUUUGCACUUUACAACAGGGAGAUGGUUGUUAGGAGAUGCCAUGUGCAAAUUGGUUAGGUACAUCCAGUAUCUCACUCCCGGAGUGCAGAUUUAUGUCCUUCUUUCCAUCUGCGUGGAUAGGUUUUAUACUAUUGUGUAUCCUUUGAGUUUCAAAGUGUCUAGGGAGAAAGCCAAGAAAAUGAUUGCAGCAUCCUGGAUUUUUGAUGCUGUAUUUGUAUCUCCAACUUUGUUUUUCUAUGGCACAGAAGGAGGUACCUGUAAUUUGUUCCUACCCCAAUCCUGGAGUGGUAUCAUCUAUGGUACUGUUCACUUUUUACUGGGAUUUCUAGUUCCAUCUGUCCUCAUCAUACUAUUUUACCAAAAAGUCAUAAAAUAUAUUUGGAGAAUAGGUACAGAUGGCAGGACUGUGAGGAGAACUAUGAACAUUGUACCAAGAACGAAGGUUAAAACAAUCAAGAUGUUUUUGAUGUUAAAUUGUAUGUUCUUGCUGUCUUGGUUUCCUUUUUAUGUGGUUCAAAUCUGGCAACCAGAUCAGCUGGAUUACACAGGAUGCUCAGCGGUCUUUCUGUCCAUCGCACUGGUGUCUUUUAGCUCCUCGGCAUCUAAACCCAGCCUCUACUCAAUUUUCAAUGCAAACUUCAGGCGAGGUAUGAAGGAGACUUUCUGCAUGUCGUCAAUGAAAUGUUACCGUAGCAAUGCAUACACCAUCACCACCAGCUCCAGGAUGGCAAAAAAGAAUUAUGUUGGCAUCACCGACAUUCCAGCACCCACCAAAACCAUUACUAAAGAUACAAUAUAUGAAACAUUUGACAGGGAAGCAAGAGAGAAAAAACUUGCAUGGCCUAUAAAUUCAAAUCCUCCAAAUACAUUUGUAUAAAGCACGGUUCGGGCUUCAUUUGUUGGCUUCACUGAGAUCAUGGAAUUCAGACAUUACAUUGGAAAAAAAAACAGAAAGGGCAUUUAAUCAACUGAAAAAUCAUUCCUUCAUAACUCUCCUAUGAAAGAAUAUUAAAAUAUUUAAUAUAUUUAUAGUGUUUAUAAAAGACCAUGUAUUUCAUACUAUCUCAUCCGCUUAAAAUAUACUUUACAGCAUCAAGAGCAAAUCAGAUGAUUCAGCCAUUAAAAAUGCUCUACAGAAUUUUUAAAUCUAGGGCAUCUCACUGAACUUCAUGUGUUUAAUAUAACUAAUACCAGAUGGUGUAGACACAUCCAAUUAAUAAAAAUGAAUCAUAUUUGCAUUUAUCUGUUCCUGGAUAUGCAUUAGAGUGUAAAUGUUAUUUUGCUUCAGAAUGUAGUGUUGGAAUACAUGAACUAAUAACCAGAGAAGCAAUAUUAAUUGUCAUCACAUUGAUGGUACUACUCAAAGUGUUUACUAAUAAUUAUUUUCAUUCAGCACCACUUAGAUUAGUAUCUUACGAUGUGACUGUUGUUUUAUUUGCUUCACAGAACUAUUGUCUAGUCACUAAAAUAUUUAUUUGCAUAACUUCUGGACUGCAUACAAAGAGGGCUUUAUAAUUGAGUAUGUAUUACCAUAUUAGGUUUUUGUCUUCUGUCAAAAUAAACUCAUUAUCAAGCUUAAAAGGAAUGACAUUUUAACAUCAAUCCAGGAUGUUCACAUUUAUUUUUAAUUACUACUUCGACAAUAAUUUCUGACCCAACAAAUAUAUAUGCUAUUAUUCUGCUACAAUUGGACUCAACGCCACAUCAGUUUAUAGUGCUUGGGUAUCAAUGACUUGUUGCUACUGGGACAAGCUAGAAUUCAGUUCCACAGAUUACAAUGUUUCCAUUCAAUGUAUUUCAGAAAAUGAGUCAAAAACGCACACAAAGAUUACACAUAUAAUUUAUGAUCAGGUGCAAAUUUCAUUAACGGCUAAAUGUGUUGCAGCGUUGGGUAAAAGUGGAUGGGUGGGCACAGACCAAAGAUAGGGCCUUACCUCAUGGGUUAACCAUGGAAUGGUGGUAUGAUGGGAAACAGUAAUUGGGUAAUUAGUUGAGGAGCCGUGCCUGGGUCAGGAAUUUGGGCCUUGGUUUCUAGAGGCUGAAAGCAAUCAAGGGAGUAGAUUGGUAACCAAUGUGUACCUUACUUAAGCCUAUCACCUCUACAAGGGCACCGGCCUUCUGUCCUGGGGCAGUCUUUCAGGUUGUCCCCAGGUGGAGCCCAUCUUUGAAGAUCCUUCCUCUCCCAGGGAUGAGGUCCUUGGAGCUCCUGUAGCUCUGUGUUCUCAUGUGGUGGGGCUGCUAGCCUAAUUUCCAACUCUCCUCCUUUCACAGCCCGAUUUGGGACUGUCCUUGUGGAGUUAAAAGUAUACCUUGCAGCAGUCCUAAUCCAGCAGAGAUUUUUCAAGACCCAGUUGUCCUAAGAGUGCUCACCAAUGAUCAUUCCUGGGACAGUCUAGAUUUUCCCCACAGUGAUUCAAAGGAAUUAUUUGUACACGCGAUGAAAAUGAAUCUGAAUAUAUGACUAAUUUAUGUUAUUCUGGCAGCUUAGUACAGCAAAUGCUUGUUAAACUCACCAUAAAGCUCAGCCAAUUGUUAAAAAGGAUUAACUACACUGUUAGCCUCGACCAGAAAGUUAUAGUUAAGGAAUCACAGUGGUUUAGUUGUUGCAUUCAGUUUAAAAGUGUGUAUUUUGUAGCUUUGAAUUUUUGCUGUCACUUCUCCAAUCUUCUUGUACUCUAUCGUACAUAGAUUUGUAGCUGUGAAAAUAUUGAGUCAACACUUUAAAUCUCUGCAGUCUUUUUCUUUGAAGGUAGUUCUGAUAUUGUCAAACUAAGCAUUCCAGGGACAUGACACUGCAGUGAAGGGACAGUGAUAUAUUUCCAAAUCAGAUGGUGCACAACUUGGGAAGGGAAUCUGCAGGUUGUAGUAUGUGGUUCUAUAGGCUAUCAUUGAAAUAGGGGCAUGUUACUGUAAGAAAAGCCUUGUCAUAUAAAUGCAGUACAUUGAGUCAUUUAGAGAGUCAGUGAAAACAGAGUAUUGUAUCCUACAUUGUGUGAAGCUCUUGGAACAGGGGCUGCCAACAUUUUUUAUUCUAUGGAUCAAUACCAUUAAACAAAAGGAGUCCUUGGAUCCCAGGUUAGGAACCCCUGUCCUAGAAAUUCAGGAAAUUAGAGGAUACUCCACUCCCUCUAUUCCUGUCUUCUAGAUAGUUAAAAGCCUUUAGGACUCGAGUGGUGACUCUUGCUUUUAUGACCAUAGUUUUUCUAUGGCUAGUUCUGUUGAGCUUCUGGUCAAUGAGAACAGCUCCCUGAAUUCCACAAGAUGUUUAAGGCAGAUACUUUUGGACAGCAAUGGUGUUAAAUAUCAAUGCUGAUUGGUUACAGUUUCGUUAAGGAUGUUAUUACCUGCCAAUCAUUGUUCAGAUAUUACUUGUUGCCCAUAAAUCCAUGAUUGAAUAUUAACCAGGGAAUGCUUCGUCCAAUCAUGAGCCGUUUGAGUUACAAAUGAAAUUGAACAUCGUUGGCUGAUGAAAACAGUGAACAUUUGCAUUUCAGACCUCGUAAGGCAAGAUUACUGAAGCAGCAGUUGAAGAUGGUUGGGUCUAAGAUCUCCUUCCCCUCCCCCUCCUCCCCGAGGAGCCUUUGCAUCAACCCUUGGACUGAGGUGAUGUUAAACAACCACAUCUUUGUGCAAGUUAAUACUCCAGUCAGUACACAACUUUCUCCUUCAGAUCAAAUUAAUCCAAUUACUAAUUCAGUCUCUUGCCCAAUCCUUUAAUCUCCCUGGUUAAAGGGAUUCUCUUUGAUUCACUGCCUUGACAGAUUAUCUUCAGUGAAUUACCAGAAUAAAUUUUAAAACAUAACUAAACAAAGUUAACAGCAAACUAUAGGUUGUUAAAUAUUAAAUCAAAGUUAAUGACUGGAUCAUUAUCGUACUGGUAACAUGUAUUGAAUAGAGUGAAAGUUAACAUACUGUUGUGAUUGGAAAACCUAUUAAUGAACUGGAAGUUCUGCACACUACAGUCAACACUGUGAUCUAUAAUGUUGGAAGAAAAGAGGAAAUGUUCCUAGCAAAUAUUUUUAUGUGUAGUCAUUCCAGAUCAUAUAUCUGUCUUUCAUUUUGUCUUAUCAUUUGCAACAGUACCAGAUUGUACAAACCCCAUUUCCAGAAAAGUUAGGAUAUUUUCCAAAAUGCAAUAAAAACAAAAAUCUGUGAUAUGUUAAUUCACGUGAACCUUUAUU